GAGUGCCAAAUUGGGAAGUUUCUCGAUCAAUCUAGAAGAGACUGAGAGCGAGGGGGAGAUCAUACGGAUUGGGCUUCAGUGAUGUUGGACGCCAGUAAGACGGAUUAUUUGGCCACGAUCGCCGUCUCUGGCAUGAGUGAUCGCGAAUGUGUCUGAAGAUCACUUAUUUUCUGCAGUUAUUUAUAAAUCUGAUGUCUGUUUCGUCGUGAGAUCGCAGUUAGAUUUUGAUAUUCUUACACACUCCACCAGUGGUGAGUGAUCAAAGUGGAUAUAUGUUUAAUACUCGCAACGAUCGCCAAAAUUUCCACUAUACAAAGUGCCCAAAAGUGAUAUGGAAAAGUGCUUACAUUGAAGUGAUUUAAAAAGACAAUUUAACAAAUAUCUCCAUGUACACUGAAUAAAGUUGAAUUUAUUACUGAACAUUCACAUUUUGUGAUCAGUGAUCUUUGUGAAUUUUGCCUUUUUCACAUUUCUUUUUGUCGUUGAACGCUAUUACGCAAUUGAAAGUGUAUUAUAAAAAAAAGGCUGAGAAAUUGUGAAAUCACAGAGAAAAAAGUGUUUUUUUAGAUUAGAACGGAAAAGAUAAUUUCUAAAUAGAAAAAAAAAGUGUAGACAAGAUGAAAUCGUCUGUGAUAAAUUCUGGCAAUGGUGGUGGAGGGAAUAGUGCACAACAGCAUCCACAGACUGCUACCAAUUCAGCUCCAACAGAUGGAAAUAAUAAUCCUCAGCAUCAACAAAAUCCCAGAUAUCCUUUCUAUGACUUUGACAUGGAUGAUCCACGAGACUUUUUCACAAAUCCCGCUCUCAGAUCGAGACUCAAUCGGAUGCGCAAUCCGUGGAAUGUAACUUUUGGUGCGCCAAGAAAACGCCGUGGUUCAAAUCAGGCCCAGGAAGAGGAAGACAGUGGCUUUGUGGAAGAUCCACAUGAUAGUUUUUUCAGCAAAUUCGAUCCUCACUGGAGCGAAGCUGCUCAGUGGCCAAGGAUUACACUGAGAAAACGCCAGCCGAGUGAUCAUGGGGCCAGAAGUGAUUUCUUUGAUUAUUUCCCAGCGGAAUUUCGACAGUAUAUUCCAGACGAUUUUGGUUUUCAUCAUCCACCAAUGCCCACCAUGCAUCAACAUCCUACGCCACCGCGUCAGGCGCCCCCGCAGACUGCAGAGAAGCCACGUUUCUGUGACGCAGCGAUGCAAACAGAUGAGGACCCACCCACGAUCGAGGGAGCAUCACACACAGUGCCAGAAGCAUCAACACAAACAGAAAAUGGUUCAGCACCUCUGAAGCAGCAUGGGCUGCGGAAUACGGUGGAUCUUGGGCAGAAAUCGCCACCAGAGGAGAGAGCUGAACGUGCCAAGAGUGCCCCGCCAGACUCAGAAGGUCAAACGACUGAGACACAGACUAAAAGUGCUGCUCCACAGCCGGAGGUGCAUCAGGCACCACCACCUCCUCAAUCACCAUCGCAAAAUGUCCGGCAUAUUCCAAUAAUUGUGGAGCGGAGUGAGAAGGUUCCACCACCAGCUCCUCAGCCACCAAAACGAGGAGUGUCACAGAAGAAAUUUGUACUGAGGCCUCAGGGAGGAGUUCAAGCGGAUGUGGGAACAUCUCCACCUCCUGCUCAGCAAACACAGCCUGGACCAAGUCCUCAGGUGCAGGAAGUGCCUAUUCAGGUACCUCAGGGACCUCCAACGCCCUCAGCUGAGUCUAUUGCGAAGAUCCAGCAGAUUCAGAAGGAAGUGCUUGAACUUAUGUUCAAAGUGGAGGCAUUUCAGGGAACUUCACGAGCAGACAAGGAGUAUUUGUGGCUGGAUGAGAUGCUGACGAGGAAUCUGCUCAAGUUGGAUACUAUUGAUACACAGGGGAAUGAUAGUAUAAGAUUGGCAAGGCGUGAGGCCAUCAAGUGCAUUCAAGCAUCUUUGGCUGUUCUGGAAGCGAAAGCUGACGGUACGGCUAAGAUGGGGCAGGAAAAUGAAGAAAAACCUGCUGAUGAUGCUUCAAAAGAGCCACAGGAAGAGAGUAAACCCGAGAUUCAGCAGGAAGCAACACCAGAGAAUGAUUCAAAGCCACCAGAAGUUGCUGAAAGUGCUCCUGAAGAAGUGGACAAGUCGAAAAUUCCCAUUCCUCUGCCACCAAUUGAACCACGUGCAGAGGAAGUGACCAAGAGUGAGGAGGAAAAUGAUAAACAGCCCGCAAAGGAUGAUGAAGAGGAGAAAACUGCCAAUGCCGAAGAAAAGCCCAAGAAGAAGAAAGUUGUGAAGAAGGUAAACAAGAAGGAAAGCAAUGUCGAUGAGAAAGAAUCCACGGUACAGAAUGAUAAUCAACAGACGUAAAUCUCUCUGAGGAAUUUUCAUCUGAUUCACACUCCUUGGUCUUUUUUUUUUCUUCUCAACAUUUGGCACAUAAGCAUAAAAAAAAUUCUUCUAUUUACUUCAACUUCAGGCUUUUAUCUAUACAGAGAAAUAUUGUGAGUUUAUUUUUGGUAACACGCAGAAAAGAAAAAAAAAACGAGUAAGAGAGAGAGUACGAAUGGUCUUCUGACGAAUUGUGCGAAGAGAUACAUUUUAUUAAUAAUUUCAUGGGAGUCUGAGGAUUACUCUGGGGAAUUCCCAGAUACAAUAAAUGUGUGAAUCUUUGUCAUUUUUAUCCACCCACGCAAUGUCGGUCCAUGAAUUCUGGGAUGAAAACCUACUUUUUGGACAAAGAGAAAGUGAUUCUUGGCAGAAAAUCAAACAAGAAUAAAUACCAUAAAUACAAUACGCAGCUAAUAUUUUGCAAGGAAAUAGUACUGAACCCGUUGAGAGAGCUCCGUUAUGAAAGAAUGGUCACAUGCCCCCUAGAUAGGAAAUACUUUGAUUAAAUAAAAUUAAAAUUUUUGACACUUUUUUCUAUAUUUUCUGUUUAUUCCUAUUCUUUGUUUUUUAAUUUUAAUCAUGGUUUUCGGAAGGUUCUAUGCAUAAAAGUUUGACAAGAUUUCAAACGUUUCAAACACUUUGAAAAUAUUCUUUAACUCUUUAAAGACGAAUGGGAUACCGGUGCCCCAAAAAUAACAACUAAUUUUUCGGACUAUUUAAAGGACAAAAUACUUUAUAAGUAAAAAAAUGUUUUUGGUUUUGGGACACCGGGGUCCCACUCGUCCAUAAAGGGUUGAUCUUUGGUUUUUGAGUUUAUAACGGUUUAUAAUCGAUUCAAAUCUAGCAGAUAAAUCAGUUCCAAACGAGCGGAGAUUAACUUUGAAUUACCUUUUUUAAGAAAUCAUAAAACGAAUCAAUUUCACACUGAGAAAAAAAGAGGAUGAGAUUAACAUUUUUUCCUCAGAACUUUAACACUUUCUAGGGGUAAAAUUAACAUGAAAAAGGGUAACUUCAACCCCUAAUACACCUAAAAAGGGUAAUAUUUACACCGAUUUUGGAUCAAUUAUGCAGGGUAAAAUUAACAUUUCCGGAAUGUUAUUUUAACUUUUUCGGAUUUCUCUCAGUAUAUCAAUCUGGAUCCUGUUGAAAAUUCCGAACGCAAUAAUCCCGAACGCCAAAAUCCCGAACGCCCAAAUCCCGAAAAGGCCAAAAUUCCGAAUUAGAAAAAGUAUCAGCUUCUUCCGCGAUUGCUGGAGACAAAGGGAAAUGGUCCAUGUUUUAGGAAAUUAUUCCGGAGGGUGGAAUCACCACUUCUCGCUAGUGCCCCACUUUUCGCCACUUAUAUUGAAAUCGCUAUUUUUCGAGAUUUUGGAAAUAAAUGAUUCUUUGUAUUUUUACUGCUGCUACGUAUAGAGUCGAAAAAUAAUAAUUAUUCGUUUUGGAUUUACGAUUUUGAGCAUUUUUUAGAGUAAUAUUUUUAGCAAGUGCAUCGAAUCCAAUAUUUCUUACCAAAUAUAACUAAAUGUCAUCAAAUUUUCAUCAAGCAAAAUAUACCUUUCUAGAUAAAUAAUUUGUCUAUGGAAUAUUUAAUUACACUUGUAGAAUACAUACAAUUUGAAGUUAGUUAAUUAAUAUUUCAUUUUAUAUUACUUUUUUAUAAAAAUGUGGCAUGGCGAAAGGUUUUAGUAUUCCGGAAUUAUUUUAAGUACCACUUGUCACCAUCUCUUUUCAAUAGGCGAAACUAACUUCACUUCGUAGAUUCUCAGUUGUCAAAUCUUUAUUAUUUACUUUCUGCAAUAGACAUGUAAUUUGUUUUCUCAGAUAAAAGUGAAGAAAAUCAUUUAAAAUGAGUAAUAAUAACGUGAUUACGAGGAAAAAGAAACUCUGUAUGUAUCCUUUUUAUAACAUUGCCUAAAAUAGUCGAGUUUGGACCUUUGCAAGUGGGUGACGAGAAGUGACGAAAAGUGGUAAAAAGUGGCGACGAAGUGGUUAGUUUUGCAUUGUUAAUAAAAAUCAGUUUUUUUAAGAAGUCCAGCGUUAAAUUCUAGGACUAUUGUUUUCACGAAUCUAGAGCCAAUACUUCUAAGUAAUUUUGUGUCAAAUUUGGGAUAUCUUAUAAUAAGAGUUCAAAAGUUAUAAUAGAAUUAAUUCCUCUUUUUCCUAAACAUGGCGAUAAGUGGUUACUCCACCCUAUAUUAUCCACCGUGUGAUUAUUACAAUCGGUUCGAAUUUGUUGAAAGUAUCCCUGGUACUAGUAUUAGUAGGCAAAUGCAGAAGGCAUGAGCUUUGUGGAUGAGAGACCCUCGGUUCGAUCCUUGAUUGAAUCCCGUACGGUGAUUAACCCUUUAAGGACGAUUGGGUCACCCGUGACCCAAAAAUAAAAUUUUUCCUACGGCUUUCUAAAGCUGUAUUUUGCUCUAAAAAGUCAGAAAAAAAUUUUUUUAUGACCCUCGAUUUUUGACCUUCUCGUCCUUAAAGAGUUAAAUUGGAAACAAUCUUACUAUCUAACUUAAUAAAAAAUAAUUUAAAGCAAGGGAUAGUCUUUGCAGUUUGGGACAGGGCGCAUAUAAGCAUCAAUGUUCUAAGUUUAAAGUACAAUAUUUUCUAUACAAAAUCAAGCUAUUGUUACUACUUCCUUUUCAGAAGUAUUAUUUCGAACAUCACUAAACAGUUUAUCGUCUUUGCCUUUUCUAAAAUUAAUUUUAUUAUGUUUAAGGGCAGAAUCACUUUGACAGUAAAAUGCUCACCGUAUUUCGUUAAUUUACGCAUUUUCAUUGCAAUUCUUAUGCAAAUUCUCGAUUACCGUAUUACCUUAUCUCAUACUCGGUAACACUAGUUAAAAAUAGUUAAAAAAAACAAAAAUAGUUAAAAAAAAAAAGACGAAAAUAAUAUAAGAAAAUUGAAGAAAUAAAACGAAAAUGCGAUAAACGGUGAGCAAAAAAAACUGUACGAUUAAUUUCUCUUACAGUUUUUUUGUUCUCCGUUUAUCGAUUUUCGUUUCAUUUCUUCAAUUUUCUUAUAUUAUUUUCACAUAGUACCACCGAGUAUGAAAUAAGGUAAUACGGUAAUGAAAAAUUUGCGUAAGAAUUGCAAUGAAAAUGCGUAAAUCAACGAAAUACGGUGAGGGCUUUGACGGUGACGGUGAGCAUUUUACUGUCAAUGUGAUUCUGCCCUAAAUGUGAUUCUGCCCUAAAAGUGAAUAAAAUAGACAUACAUUUGACUGAUAUUUGGGACACCUUGUUUGUAAUUUUGGACACUUUUUAAUUUGGCACAGUUGAUUCGUUGUAAUAAGAUGGCUAUACCCGACCAUAUCGAGAGCCAAACUUACCAAGUUCUCUUUCUGUUUAUGACAAGAGACCGCAAAUGUUCUAAGGAACCUAGAACCAAGAACCCCUUUCGGGGCUCUUUUAAUGCUUUUUUCCACGGUUUGCGGAAUCUUUGUUUUUUUCCAUUUUGUUAUUCCCAGUUUUUCUCUGGAAUCUUUUCUUCGGUAAUCCUUGGUUUUUGGAAACUUUGUCUUUGGAAAUCUUUUCUUUCAUACAUAUAUUUUAAUCAAGUAUAUUUUAUUAAAUAAAACAAUGAAAUUAGAACGCUGUUUUUUUGAAGUUUUUAGUUUCGUCCUUUGGGACAAAAGGAAAUUUUCUGUGUUUUGGGAAGUUAUCAGUACAGUAGACUCUCGCUCAAUCGGCUCUUUUUCAAUCGGGCGAAAAAAAUUUGUUGACGAUUUUCAUGUUUGAUUUUAAAGCAAAUUUAUCCAAAUUCGUGAUUCUUUACACUACCGUUCAAAACAUUAAAUACACCUGGUUUGGACCGGGAAAACGCUGUAAUAUCCAGUUCUAUUGACUGAAAUAGUUUCACAUUAUAAACCUAAGAACAGUUUUAAACAAGAUUUGAGAAAAUACAUGAGCUACAAAAUUUAUGAUUUGAGGAUCAGUCAAAAAUUAGCUUUUUGGACAAAAAUGCAAAAGUAGCCCCACAUUCUAAAACUGAUCUAAUCUUUUAAUAAACAUUUAAUAUAAGCUAAAUACUAUUAGUAAAUAUUAUUAAGAGUCAGAAAAACUGAAAAUAUGCCGAGGGAAUAUUUUUGGUGCGGAUUGUGAACGGUUACCGGUGUGAUCUGUUUUGAAAGGGGUUUCUUCUUUAAAUAUCAAAAUUUCCAGCCCAAAUUCUACUUUAUCAUAUAUCUUUUAUUAUUUUUCAAAUUGCUUCUUAUUACUGUAGCAAUUUCAUUAUUUUUAAUUCCUUAUUUUAUUUAAAAAAAAAAACAUGAAUAAAAUCAUGAAAUUUAGUUCUCCUCGAAGAAUCCUUCUUUAGUUUUGAUAAGCGCCUCACAUAUUCAGGGCAUCCUGUUGAUCAAAUUUUUCAAAAUGUCAGAAGAAACAUUUUAGGGGCGUGACCUAAAUUUUCAUAUAAACGAAAGCAUUGUUAAGUUACUCAAGAAUUUAGGGGGAUAGUUGCAUAGUUCUUAAUAAAAAGACUGUGUUAUUUAUCAAAGAUUCAACGAAAAAAAAAAACAAUAUUAUCUAAAACUUUCCAAAUUGAACAAAUUCCUAAGACGUCCAAUUUCUUCCUUCGACUUUCGUAAUUUAUUAAAAAAAAAACACCCAAGAGCCAUGGAAUUGUCCAAAAGUUCGAUUUCACUUUAACACAAUUCAAGACCGAUAAUGCUGUAAAAUUUCGCCAUCAUCAAUUGCAAAAUAGAAGAGAAAAUAAUUUGCAAAUUUACUAUUAAUUUUAAUUUAUUUGAGAAACCACACACUUUAGAGCAAGUUAAAGCUAUAUAAUUGUACUUUUUAAAACAUGAUCUACUGUUGAAUUUUUGUGUAAUUUCUAAAGUAAAAUAAAUGAAAGAAAAAUUAAAAA